UUUGGUGUGUUGUGGAUGAUGAUCGCUCUACCAGCUGUUGUUGUGUCAUCCUACUUGUUCUGUAACGGAAGACAACCGUGUACAAUCCGUCAGUUACCGUCUAGUAUUCCGCCUCUGUGGAAGUUUCAUGGGGGAUUUUUUGACAUUGGCCACCUGAUUGUCGGUGGAUGGAUCCUACUACAGGCAUUCAUCUAUAUGCUUCCAGUUGGAAAGGUUGUAUAUGGACGAGUGCUUUCUGAUGGAACUUCCCUUGAUUACAGAAUGAAUGGUAAUGCUAUUUAUUUUAUUGGUAUUUAAAUGCUUUGCACCAGUACACACUGUAGUAUCAGACAUGAUAACAGAACUGCAAAUGCAGUAAAGAGAAAAGUUCCUAGCAUGCAUCAAAGACAGUCUACAUUGCUUAU